GAACAGGUUUAGGAUGAAACAGGCCUAUGGUGUUCCUUUCGAAAGGAACUCCGAUAGUCAAAGACCAGCGCUCGGAAUAUGUGCAAAGAAUCUUUGAUAUUGAUGCCAGAGACACUCCUCAUGAACUCAUCUUUGUUGAUGAAGCAGGAUUUAAUCUUACCAAAAGGAGGAGAAGGGGGAGGAACAUAAUAGGCUACCGGGACAUUGUGAAUGUCCCUGGCCAGCGAGGAGGGAAUGUGGCCAUGUGUGCCGCCAUCAGCCACCGAGGGGUCCUCCACCGCCAUGCUGCCCUUGGUCCAUACAACACCAUGCAUCUGCUGGCUUUCCUCGAUGGUCUGCGAGGUCAUGUAUACCGACUAGACCAGAGGGAGCCAGCACAACCACAGCAGCCAUGCUACGUUGUCAUUUGGGACAAUGUCAGUUUCCACCGGGCUGCUCUAGUUUGUGACUGGUUCACGAACAACCCAAGAUUCAGCAGCAUCUUUCUACCUGUAUAUUCUCCCUUCCUAAACCCCAUAGAGGAGCUUUUUUCGGCAUGGAGGUGGAAGGUCUAUGACCGAGACCCCUACAUCCGUAUUCACGUCCUCCAGGCCAUGGAGGAGGCUUGUUUAGAUAGUAUGGUUGAGGCUUGCCAGGGGUGGAUAAGGCAUACAAGGGCUUUUCCCCCCGCUACCUGA